CGGCGGCUGGACCAAUGGGGUGCCGGGAGGCUCUGGGGAUUGGUUUUAAAAACAAGAGAAAGAGCGUCAGAGGAUUAGCAUCUGAGAAGUCUCUGUGUGGCCUCACAUGGUCGCCUGUUGUCUUAGUUCUCGUCUGGUAGGCACCAAGGGUCGACCUCCUCCCUGCUCUGGAUAAAUCAUAGGUGUCAAACAGCCAGUUUGAUGACAAGGGUAGUGGAAGGCCUAUGAGUGCUGGCUACGAAUGAGUGAAUUAUUCUCAAAGGAUUGCUUCUCUCCGUCAUACACAGAAGGUUCUAUAAUGGAGGAAUUUGAAAAUGAAAUUAUAGAUGAGCUGCGGCAUAUAAGUGCCGAGCUCAAAGAGAUAUGGAAUGAAAUUGGAUUCGAUGCCAAAAAUUGCUCGGUGCGGCAGAAUCGUACUAGAGAACUUGUUACGAAUCUUCUGAAGGAUGUGUUGGACGGUGAAACUUCAUUAAGGAAUCAACUUGCCAAAAGUAUUGAAGACAAUGGCAAAGAAUUCUAUCACCUAAACAAGGAGUUGGGCAUUUGUCUUCCUGACCCAGAUGAUACAUUGAAGCUAUAUGAUCUAGAACGCUGCCUUCGACAUAAAGUAGCCGAGCUACGCACAGAAGUCAACAAGCGACGUGACACACUCAGAGACCUACGGGACAAAGAGAAGGAACUGUGUGACCGUCUCUCAGAAGAACCUUGCAUUAUUCCCAAGAAACCCAUACCAUCCAAGGAGGAUAUGGAGGAAGUGGAAAGGAGAAUUCGUACUCUAGAGCAGGAGAAGACUAAUCGGGAAAAGACCUUUAAACGUCUUAAGCGCAACUUGUCGAGUCUUUUGGAACAGCUUGAACUAAAACCCAGUUAUCCUUUUGAGCACAGCAUCCUCUCUGACAUAGAAGGUUUAUUCAUUCUUUCUUGUGAAAAUCUUCAAAAGCUGAAACAACUGAAUGAAGAUUAUGACCAAAAGGUGAAGGAAAAUGAGUGUGCGUGUCUGCAGCUUCAUGAACAGAUAAGACUCCUAUAUGACCGCCUAGAAGUUGACCCGGUUGAGCGAGAUAACUUCUUUGCUUCCAUAAACAGCCCCACUCCUUCAGUAUUGACAACGCUUCAGCGAGAACUGGAGCGUCUGGAGGAGCUUAAACGCCAAAAUAUGUCUAGAUUCAUUAACCAAUUAAGACGUGAAUUGGAAAUUUUGUGGGAGAAAUGCCACAUUUGUGAAAGGGAGAGAAAUUCAUUUCUACCAUACUUUACAGAGGGAUACACGGAGGAAAUUCUUGAGGCUCAUGACAAUGAGGUUAUGAGGCUUAAUGCAUAUUUCAAUGACCACAAGCAAAUCUUUAUGAAAAUAAAACAGAGACAUGAGGUGUGGAAUAAAUUAGUACAACUGGAAGAAAAGGCUAAUGAUCCUAACAGGUUGUUUGGUAACCGGGGAUGCUCUUUGCUGCAAGAAGAAAAAGAAAGAAAGCGUGUGAAAAAUGAACUGCCUCGUGUAGAAAAGGAGCUGGAAGAGCUGGUCCUUGCUUCCGAGGCAAAACAUGGGAAGCCAUUCCUUAUAGACGACAAGACCAUAUCGGACUACAUUACUGAUCAGUGGCACAAGUACAAUGAACAGAAAGCACAGGAAAAGAAAGUGAGACAAAAUAAUAGAGUAAAGCAGUUGAACUCGGAGAGUCGUUUAGGACCCAACUCGACAAAAAGGCGUUUGGCUCGUAAUGAUUCGAUGAGGAAUUCAAAACUCAGGCGAAUUGGAGAGGAGCACUCAAUGGCACAUUCAUCUAUUGCUACUCCCGUACGAGGACCCAAGUCAGUGCUGCGAGAGCAUGAUCAGAAUACCAUGAAGAACGUAACGACACGUCUCUUCACAAAAAAGGAAGGGUCAAACCUCUCGUCUGUUGAAGUGUCAUCGUAUUCAAAUUUUUCUGAUGGGAUUCAGCGUCGCAGCGAAAGGGAGAAUAUCCGUAGCUCGGUAGUCCAUGGACACAAAAAAACUCCAUUAGUAAAGCGUCGUGUUUCUCCACGCUACCCUCCCCCAGGCCUGCCUAAGACUCCUAUGACUUUACCACGGAUAUCCACACGUCGUUCUCCGAGAGUUCACGGAAAUCGUCGCUCGCCAAGAAAUUCCACAGUAACACGCACGAUAACGACUCCUUCCUCAUCCAGAGCUCCAAGAUCACCAUAUGCAGGACCAUCUCGUCUGGGGACUCCAAGCAGGUGGAGCAAACUUAGUUUUCUUAUCUGAUAUGAUUCUGCAUUUGUAUAUACUUAGCAUUAAAUGCAGUCUUGUAGUAGGGGAAGUGUGAUGUGUAUGAAAGAUUAUCAGAGAAUGAAAUGAUUUUUAUAACGCUUAAUGGUCAUAGAACCAUAAUAUACAUACAAUAUUCAGAUUUUAGUGUAGGGUUUACUUAAUUAUACUGGUAUUCAUGAGUUACAGGACCCAGUUGUCACAUUCAUAUGCUAUAACUCUUCACUUGCAAGUAGAAGUAGCUGUUGCUUUUGGAGUAUAUUAAUGAAUGUACUUUAUAAAAUAUAACAAAUGUCAUACUGUAAUAUGACAGUAUGACAUUUUAAUUAUAUUGUAUGCUUACAUGUUUCUAGCUACCAUUUGAGUUUUAAUUUAUAUAUAUGCAUAAUGUAUCCUUUGUGUAGUUCCUGAUACAUUGAUAUGGUUCCUGUUAACUCUUUACCGAAGUUUAUUUGGAGGUUAAUUCAAAAUGCUGCAGCAUCUUUACUAAAUAACCUCUAUAUUUCUUAUUAGUUUGUAGUAACUUCUCUCAAGUUUGGUAGUACAGUACUGUACAUAAUUUAUUGUGCACCUAGGGGUUUUGUAUGCUCUUAUUGUUUUGCCACUACAACCAACUUUUCAGACGACUCAAUAACAGUUGGUGAUCACACUAUUUUUUUCAUAAAAAUAUUAAAUUUACCAUAGAUAAUUAUUGAGGCUGUACCUAUUAUGAUAUUUUAGGCUGGUAAGCUCCAAAGAACAAAUAAUUUUGGUGUAGUUAUUAUUGUUGUAAUAAUAAUUACAACAAUGUGUGCUCACAACUCCUUGUGUUUGGGUUCCCAUUGUUCUACUGGUACAAUCUUGGAGCUAUUGUAUCUGUUCAUUGUAUGCUUGGUUGAACACGAACUUGGCAUUACUAUCUUUUAUUUAAUGAUCAUCUGUUCCUUUAUUUUGAUGAUCAUUUAAUGAUAUCACAAAAUUAUAAUUUCAAUCUAAAUACUUAUUACCAGUCAUCAUAGAUACCUAUUAUUCAUCUUAAGGUUAAAUUUUUUGCUGCUGCAAAUUAUCCAAACUGCUUUUUUUUUUCUUGUAGAUAUUGUACUGUGGUUGUCUUUCUGUGUAUUUUCUAAGUGCGUACAUCCUUAUAGUAAAUUAUCUGAUAUUUUCUGUGACCUUUAAAGAAAAACAACUUUUAUUAUUUUAAGUAGUGCAAUUCGCUGGUUUAUUUAUGAUUUUAAAAUGCUGAGAGUAAGGAUUCUUAUAGUGACAGGUUACAGGUUUGUCCAGAUGAUUACCUUGAGAUGGUUUUGGGGCGGAGUGUCCCCGCGGCCCGGUCCUCGACCAGACCUCCAUGGUCAAGUUAUUGGUAGUGUUAAAAAAAAAUACUUUGGUAUGGCGUACAAGUUGUCAGUCGACUUAAUUGAUGUUGCCAAACAAUUUUUUUUUUUUUUUUAGGGCAGGAUAUUUUUUUAAUUUAGAAAAGUGCGAACAGUUAGUAUUGUGUAUGGUACAUUAAUUUUAUGCAAGCAUAGAUACAUUAUAUUACAUUGAAUAACAAAAAAUGGAAAGGUGCAAAUAUUAUAGCAGGGCUGUUAUGCAUAAUAAAUGUAAAGCAUAUUCUCAUGUGCAUAAUAUAGAAUGUAAGUAAAUAACUUGUUCUAAACCUGAAGGUACUUAAGCUUAUAGCCAAAUGUAGUCAAGAAACACUGUAACACAAAUUACCAAUAUUUCUGCUUUAAUUAUUUUAUUAGUGCAUGGACUUGUUGUAUUUUCAUGUAAUGCAGUUUGUAUGCGUGUGUGUAUAUAUGUAGACAAUAAUGGUUAUGCAAGUCUCAUUAUGUACACUGAGAAGCCCUCAAGUGAAGUAUAGUGUUAAUUUUGUCAUUAUUAAUUUCCAUAUUGUUAAACUUCCUUUAAUAAAAUGUUAGAAUAGUCAAUAGGUUUUAUUUGGUUUUAUGUAUUUUGUACAUGUUUCAGCUUUAACACAUGUAUAUAUUUCUGUAAGCUUGUAAACUGCUUCUUUUAUACAAGUAGACGAAGUAUCUGGAGAGAGAAUUGCAUAACACCAAAAUUGUUCACACUAUGUUAAGUGCCUGAAG